CUGCGGCUGCGGGGCUCCCUCCUCGGCGGGCUGGGCUGGAGGGAUGACAAAGCAGCCGUGGCGGCGGCCAGCCCAGCUCAGCCCUCCCCUUCCUUGUCCUCCUCCUCUUCCUCAGGCUGCCCAGCAGCGCCGCUGUUAUGGCAACCAGCCCGCCUCGCCGGAGGAGCCGAUGAUGGAGCAGCGGCCAUGGCCCGAGCGGCGGCAGGAGCAGCGGGAACCGAGGGCGGCGGCGGGAGCGGCGCGGGGGCCGCCGUGGCGGCGUCGGAGGAGCGGCCGUCGGGGGAGCCGGCGGAGCUGUCCCUGGAGGAGGUGCUGAAGUCUUACGAACAGCCCAUCAACGAGGAGCAGGCCUGGGCCGUGUGCUUCCAGUGCUGCCGCGGGCUGCUGCAGCCCGGCCCCGUCGAAGAAGGCGCGCCCGAGCAGGAGGCGCGCCGCUGGGGGCCCGCCGGGCGCAUCCGCGACACCGCCGACAUCCGCCUGCACCGGGACGGCGCCGUCUCCGCCUGCGGCGAGUACGGCGUGGCCGAGCUCCCAUUGACCUUGACACCCUCUGCUGAAGCACAGAUGGUGCAGUCUCUCGGCUUUGCAAUCUACCGAGCGCUGGACUGGGGUCUGGAUGAGAAUGAGGAACGAGAGCUCAGCCCUGAACUGGAGCGGCUUAUUGACUUGAUGGCUAACAGCGAUUCAGAGGACAGUGGCUGUGCCACAGCAGACGAAGGCUAUGGCGGGCAGGAGGAGGAAGAGGAGGCAGAGGGCACCCUGAGGGCCGUGUGCACCUUCAGCCAAGCCAUGCGGCUCUGUGCUAUGCGCCUCACCCAGCCCCAGGAAGCUGAGGCCCACUACCAGGCUGUCUGCAGAGCCCUCUUCCUGGAGACGGUUGAACUGAAGGCUUUUCUGGCCAAGAUUCGCGAUGCCAAGGAGAUGCUGACGAAGCUGAAGGAUGAGGACGAGAAGCUGAUGGACCGAACAGCUGCAGAUCUAGACAACCUGAGGAACACAGACUGGGCUCGGCUGUGGGUCCAGCUAAUGAGGGAGCUCCGCAAUGGAGUCAAGCUCAAGAAGGUCCAGGAGAAGCAGUUCAACCCCUUGCCCACUGAGUACCAGCUGACGCCCUUUGAGAUGCUGAUGCAGGACAUCCGGGCCCGCAACUAUAAGCUCCGCAAGGUCAUGGUGGACGGUGACAUUCCUCCCAAGGUGAAGAAGGAUGCACAUGAGCUUAUCCUUGACUUCAUAAGAUCUCGGCCGCCCCUGAGACAGGCUUCGGAACGGAGGCUGCGCCCCAUUCCUCAGAAACAGAGGACGCUCCAUGAGAAAAUCCUGGAGGAGAUCAAGCAGGAAAGGAAGCUCCGGCCUGUGGCAUCACGGCACCAGAAUCAGAAAGGGUUUGGCUCCCUCCCCUGCAUCCUGAAUGCCUGCUCCAGCAAUGUGACCUCAACUUCCUGCAUCAACCUCUCAGAUGUCUCCGACGCCAAUGCCCUGCCCCAGCGCCAGAGGCCUAGGGUCUUGCUGAAGGCUCCCACGCUGGCAGAGAUGGAGGAGAUGUUGACCUCGGAGGAGGAAGACUCUCCAAGCUCCGAGGCUGUACAGGAACCAGGUCCACUGAUGCCCCUGAAGCGUGACCGCUCCUUCUCGGAGCAAGACUUGGCCCAGUUUCAGAGUGAAAGCGGUGGUGGCCAGCCUGACUCAGAGUAUUUGGGACCCAGCGGGUCUGAACCGAGACCCCGCUCAGGUACCGAGAGCCCUGCAUGGACCAGCAUGGAAAAUACGGGUUCGGUUCCAGCCAGCUACCAGCAGGCUCCCUGUGGUGCCAGUCCUUUCCCCCCCAAGCAUGGCGUCCUCAGCUCUGUGGACGAGAAGUCAGAGGCUGGUUCCAGUACUGCCUCAGAUGUCAACUUGAAAUAUUUGUGGCUGCAGGAGUUCAGCCACCCUGUGGAGAGCCUGGCACUCACUGUGGAGGAGAUGAUCAAUGUGCGGCGGGUGUUGGUGAAAGCAGAGAUGGAGAAGUUCUUGCAGAGCAAGGAGCUGUACAGCAGCCUGAAGAAAGGGAAGAUCUGCUGCUGCUGCAAAACCAAGUUUGCUCUGUUUUCCUGGCCCCCAACUUGCCUGUUCUGCAAGAGGUCUGUCUGCAGCUCCUGUAGUCUAAAGAUCAAGAUGCCUUCAAAGAAGCUUGCCCAUAUCCCUGUCUAUGCCCUGGGCUUUGAGACCCUUCCAGGUUCGUUGGGUACAAGGGCACCUCCAUUCCGGAGGAGGGAGGCUUUCCACUCCUUGCAGGGCACACGCUGGCGCAGCGUGGAGGAGGAAUUCCCGUACAUCUAUGCGCAUGGCUCUGUGCUCAAGGAUGUUUGCAGCGACUGUUCCGGGUUCGUCACAGAUGUCGUCAGCUCCAGCCGCAAGAGCAUGGACAUCCUGAACACCACCCCGUGCAGGAGCCGCAAGACCCAGUCCCUUUACAUCCCUUCCAGUUAAAUGACCCUCCUCUGCUGCUGGUCUCCUCCACAAGCCCCCUGCCCUCUGCACCCAACCUUCAUUCUUUGAUCCUCUGUAUUUCCCAGCCCCCAGCAAGGAGGAUGCAAGUGCUCUCUGGCCAAGGAAGCUUCAGCUGGCUUUGUCUGGACUUGUUGCCUCCUGGCUUCCUUGCUUCUCUGUCCAGCCCAUCUCCUCCUUUCCCUCCAUCCCAGCCUCCCAUGAACAUCCCCUGCCUGGCCUGCGUGCGUGUGUACAUAUAUACAUAACCUUAUAGAGACACUAUAUUUAUAUCUGUCGAUCAGCUGCUGUGGUCCAUGGGCUACGUUUGGUCUGGGAAUGCCCCUGCUUGGCAAACGAGGACUCUGCUGAAGUCUUCCCAACCACCCACCUUUUUUGGAUUGUAAGAAAGACGGAUUUGGGGCAGGAUAAUUCCAGAGUGUUUGGAAGCCUGGCCAUCUAAGUUGCUGCAAAUGCAACCUUGAAAUCCCAGAUGCAGCCACCCCAGAGGAUGACCUUGUUCCCUUGAGGGCUCUGCCCUUUCAGUCAUACUAGUAAGAGAAGCUCUCUCUGAGAUGUCUUACCUGUGCAGCUUCUAGUCUUAUGGGAAGCAGGCCCAUUGUGCCAUGACCUGUCUGCUGCUUUCCAAUAUCUUCCUCCAAGCUGUUUCUCUGCCCCCCCCACCCUUCUCGGUGAUGUCUUGAUUAUCUGCUCCCUCCCAGCACCAAGCAGCAGGAGGUGCUUUUUAAAAUGUGUUCAGACUAUCAUUGUCUGUUUUCUAAUCCCUAGUUUUUUUGGGCUCCUUGGGUUUAGGAGGCAAGGGGUAAUUUUUGUAAUCAUUUAGACAAAGGCUGAACAUUUCCCACACAGUGGGUUUUGUGUGGCUGCCAGAACUACAGUUGGGGGGUUGCAUGGCUGCUAGGGAUGAGCCAGGCACCGACAAGAGUAUCAGCUGUGUGUGGCAGGAUCCUGCAGGCAAUGUCUCCUCAUGCAGAACAGGACUCUGGCUCUCCAAAAGCUGAUAAGAUGAGCAGUCUAUUUCCACAUGUCCCAUUCCCCCACUCCAUUCAGGAUUGCCUUGAAAAUAGAAAACAGAGGUGCACAAAGGAGCUCUCCCUGUGAGGACAGAAUGAAAGCCAGAUUCAGCCCAUGCCAGGCCUGGGCUAGGGUGAGUCUUGCCACUGCCCUUAAGAGAAUUUGGAGAGAGGAGAUUGGGAUAUGCAGGGCUGCCCCUGAGUCUUUCAACCACCUUCCCUGUCAAACCUGCUGCUGUGGUGGCCGGCACAUGUAAAUUGGCUGUGCCAUGGCAUCCUGAGCUCAUCUUCCCUUGAUAGCUAAUUUCCAAACCCUGGAAGCACCCCAAAAACAGAGGCUGUAAAUGCAAAAUCCACAGCCCUAGUAUGCCAAAUUAGCACGUCAGCACUAUACAUUUAAAACACUAUGGUACUACUUUAAAUAGUCUUGGCUUCCCCCAAGGAAUCCCGGGGCAUGUAGUUUGUUAAGCGUAGUUAAGAGUUCUGAAGAGACUCCCAUUCCCCUAAAGCCACAAUUCCCAGCAUUGUUUAACAACCAAUCCUUUGCAGGGAAUUCUUGGAACUGUAGCUGGGGGUGGGAUGCAGGUCGUCUUAUACCACUCAGCACCCUUGACAAACUACACUUCCCAGGGUCCUUUAGGAGAAGCCAUAAUUGCUUAAAGCAGUAUGAUACUGUUUCAUAUGUAUAGUGCAGAUGGGGCCAGAGACUAUUGAGUGUGGCUAGCGGAAUGGGGAGUGGAUCAAUUUAUCUUUGACAGGUGGAUAGAAAAGGGUCUUGCUUCUCCUACCCUUUUGUCUUUUCCCUGGAUCGGUUUUAUUCAACCUGGAAGGCAGCACUUCUGCCGUCUCUGGUCUGCUUAUUUCUGCCAGGGAUGAUGACAGAUCUGCCUUUGAAUGUUCAAGUGUGAGACCAGGCUGGGAUAAGCUAAAUUCCUUGCUAGCAAUGGCAGCCCAGUUUUCUUCCACCAGUGAACCAUUCAGUCUUCCGAGCAGCAAAGACAGCCAAUACCCUGUGGCUCCCUAAGGAUGCAAUUUAUUAUGGUAUAAGCCAAAGGUAGACAACAUGGUGUCCUCUGGGAGUGGUGGACCACAACUCCCAUCAGCCCUAUCCAACAUGGCUAAUGGACAGAAAUGAUGAGAACUGUAGUCUACCACAUAUGAAAGGUACCCCAACAUACGUUUUCAUGGACUAGUGGACCACUGCAUCUGACAAAGUGGAUUUCUAGUCCCCAAAAGCUGAUGCCAUAAUGAAUGAAGUCUUCAAAGUGCCACAGGACACUAUUUUUUAUUUUAUUUUUUUGGUUAUAUUUAGCCUUGUAGCUCUGGGCUUUAUUCUGUGGCAUGUGCCAUGGGCUGCAAGGUGCCAGCCUGGUGUUGCCCAUUUGUCCUGUUGAGAAAGUGGGCUUCAGCACUGCCACUUGGGUUUGGCAAGAGCCUCCAUGGCUCCAUUCCUGCAUGUCACCUACCCACAGUGACUCUGCUGCUCAGGAUCUCAACCGGCCACUUAAGACAACCUUGGACCACUUCUGUGGCUCAGAACUAGCACCAUCUCCUGCCAAGCCUGCACACAGUCUCAAAAGCUGCACAUACACACUCUCUCUCUCCCCCCUUCCUCUUCCUGCCCCAGGGGACGUAACUGCUUCCUAAAAUGCCACUAGUUUUGUGUAUAGCACCAUAAGAGCUCCACAUUUUGUAUCUUGCCAAUACUUGCAAACGCCAAAUAUACAGUUCAUGCAGUCGGUGCUUUACAGUGGAACAGACUGUGUACCUGCAGGUGCACAGCUGGAUGUGCAAAUACCUACUUGUACAACCAGUCGGUUAUGGGGUGAGGAUUGAGUGCUUGUCAAUUUGCACAUGAUGCAAGUGGAAAAAGCAAGGACUGAGUUACACAGGGGAUUGAGAGAGGACAUUGUAGAAACAAAUCAGGUGGAGUGUUAUGAGGGUCAAAGAGGAAGCCAGGUGUUUGCAGGUGAUUGCUCAAGCCUGUUUUUCCUCGGUGCUGAGAAAGGAAGGUAAUCCAGCUAUAGGAACCGCUAGUGCUUUUCACUGCCACUGCUGCUUCUAUUGCUGUUUGUGCCAAUCUGCUUGCUUGGAGUCUUGCCUUGGCUGCAUCGUGCUGGCUGCUGCCUCUGGAGUUCAACAUGCCUUAUCACCCUGCUCACCUUCUUUGCAAUAAUUCAUUGCACUCUGUGUCAAAAGGGGUGUGUGUGCUCCCUCCUUUUUCUUGUAUGUUCUGCCUGCACUUACUCUCCCCCUCAACCAAUGUUUUAUACGCAGCCUGUAUUGUAAAGAGUUGUAAAUAAAAUGUAAAGUGAAACUGA